AUGUCAGGAGGAAAGGGAUUGGGCGAAGGAGGAGCAAAGCUGAAAUUACAACCACAUGUAUCGAAAUAUAAGCUUAUGAAGUAUUUAGAUGGUUCAUAUCCAUGUCCAGCACAGUACACAAAUCCAAGGAAUCAAGCGAAUGGAGUUGAGAAUUCACUUUACACAGAUUGGAUGGAUGAAGACUCUUCUAUUAUGAUGUGGAUUCACUCAACAAUUUCAGACUCAGUUAUUCCUUACUUUUCCAGAGCCACCACCUCUCAUGAGAUGUGGACCAGCAUUGAAGAACGUUUUGCAAGAGCUCCUUCCACUCAUUCAAUUCAACUGCGUACAAAGUUGCUCUCUCUCACUCAAGGUACUAAAAUUAUACCUGCCUUAAUCAAUGAAAUUAAGAUGUUAUCCGAUCAAUUAGCUGUUGUUGGUGAAGUCAUUUCUGAUAAGGAACUGGUUGUUAUUACUCUCAAAGCCUUAAACUCUGAUUAUAUACCUUUUGAUACUUCUAUGAGGUCAGCUAUACUCAAACUUGGAAAUGAUGCCAAAGCUUUCAUGGAACAUUCUGGUAGAGGUUCUUACAGGGGUCCAUCCUACAACUCUAGGGGCUCAUUAAGAGGUAGAGGUUAUGGUGGUGGUCGUCGUUUUCCAAAUCCUGUUAUCUUUCACAGAUUCCCUACUGGUAGAGGAUAUCCUUCACCUGUGAAGCAACAAUGUCAGUUAUGUCUUGGAGAUGAUCACUUGGCACCAAAUUGCACAUAA